CGCCAAGAUCCAGGACACCCGCUUGGACGGUAUGAGUGACAAGAUGCCCUCGGAAGGGUCGGCGCCCGCUGCCGUCGGGCAGAGUCGACGGACUCCAUCGGCAUCUGUAACUCGGAUGCUUUUAUAUUCUUAGGUCACUAGAUGUGCCAGGUACGCGAAUACCCUUUGAUCAAGCUGCCACCUGAUCCAUAGGCGGUGUGUCUGUUGCGAGUGUGGCGCCUCUGUGGUUACACCAUUGUUCAAGGUGUAUGCCUUUCUCGAUGCCCUCGUACAGCAGGAGGUCCGGCCAUCCCGGCGUACGCGAUGAUACAAAUGCCCAAGUUUCCCCUGUGCCCCCAUCACCACCUGCGACACAACUUUGCGAUGCUCGUACCGCUCGAAGAAUACGCCGAGUACUGCCCCUCCUAUGCGGGUUGGGGUCUGUUUCCACUUAUGCCUUCGCUCUCAGCGAUGGCUUUCGCCGAGCGCAAGCCCUCGCCGUCUGCAAGCCCCAAGAAGAAUACUUGCCAGGAAGACGAGGAGAAGAACACGACAGGCGACGUGCGGGACAUGUGUAUCAUCUCAUGAAUGGCGGGGAUGUGCAGUGCCACCCACGAACGCAGUCCAGCGCUGGCCCACGUUACCGCGUUGGCUGUCGUUGGUCACCUUAGCUGGUGGCGAGCAAAGUCACAAGCUGAGAAAGUCGAGCAGACGGAAGGAGGAGCGGCGGCGAGGAGACGAGUCGCCGCGAGGAG